AUGGAUAUUUCAGAUUCAACGCCGAAGGGCAACUUUGUUAAUGGCACCCCUUCCUGUAGCUAUGACGAAUUCUACGCGUGCUCUCCGGGCCGUGUUAACGGGUCCCUAUUCCGACUGGUGGAUAAUGUUCGAAAACGUUGGUACUUCUACAACGAUGCGACCGAUAUGCUGGCAAAGGUGCGGGCCGUUAUGAUGCCGGGAAGUGAGGUUCGAGUGCUACGGGAUGCCCAUAUGUCCACGCGGCAAACCAACGAAGGCCAGGAGACGAUUAUAGAAGCAGAGGUGAAGCCAUGCAGCACCGCCUAUUUCAUUGAAGGUGAGCCCAAAGGCUUCGAGCUCGAAUUCGUGUUUGAGUGCGCCCCCGUCCCGGAGAAGGAUCUUCAAUUUAAGCAAAAACCCCGCUGUCGCUUCGACAAGGCCUACAAAUGUUUCAAGGAAAACGAUAACGGGCUUUUUUUUCGCCUCGUCGACAGCCCCAACAAGACCUGGUACUUCCACAACGACACCAAGGAGAGUUUGAUGACGGCGACGGUGGAGUUCGACGACGGCGAAGCGGUGAGCCCGCUUGGGGAGACGGAGACGCUCGGCGUCCCCGAGCACAACCCACGGGGGGUGAUUUUUCGUCUUUCCGUGAAACCCGGCGUGACCGCGCCCUUCCUCAAGGGGGAUCCCGCCUCCUUCCGGCUUCGUUUCACCGCGGAGCCCGCCGAGGCGGAGCGGCCGCUGCUGCCAGGGGAGUUCGUCUAUGAAAAUGGCGGCCCCGACGAGGCCGUUUCCGGCCGCGGCGCCGACGUCUUUCGGUGCUUUCCCACCCGUGGGAAUGGCUUGCUCUUUCGCCUGGUCGACCGCGUGCGGCGGAGUUGGGCGUUUUACAACGACACCCCCGGCACCGUCAUGCGCGUGACGCUGCGGCUGCGGCCGGAGGAGAGCGUCGUGGCCGGGCCGGAGGCCCUCCUCGCGGCGGACCCUUCCCUGCCCGGCGCCACCCAACUCACCCUCGUGAUUCCUCCGUUGGAGACGCGAAAAUUGCUGGAUGGGUUGCCCGCGAGUUUCGAGCUCGAUUGCGUCGCCGAGGUCGCGAUGCCCGCGGCGGCGGCCGGGACGGUGGCCUUUCGCUACGGCGGCCCCAACCCCCGGCUGAUGCGCUACGAUCAGGUCUUUAGCGCGUGGAAGGCGGAGGACCCUGAAGGGGGGGAGCUUUUUCGUUUGGUGGAUACGAAGCGAAAGCGGUGGGGGUUCUACAGCGAUACGAAGCGGUUGGUUUUGAAAGUCCGGGUGCGCUUUCGUGGGGGGGUGCGGUUGAGUGCACUGGGGACGACUAGGGUGGAGGUGGAUCAAGGGGGGGAUGGGGUCUGGCAUGCCGUGGAUAUCGCCCCCCUCGCGACGGUGAAGUUUGUCCAGGGGGAGUACCUCAGCUAUGAGCUGCAGCUGAUGGGAUCCGCCAAGAAGAGCACCCGGCGAAAAUUACUCGCGAAGCAGUAG